AUGGCGAAGAAGGCUUCACAGAAAACUUACAACUUAUCUUCAAUUCCCAUCAGUCACGCCAAGUUCGGAGGCCUGCACGCAAUUUUCCUUAAGCCUGAUCGCAACGAGUCUGGACCAUCUGUCCUGGGCACAUCCAUCCUCGCCAUGACCGUAAAGUUCACAAAACCCCGUACGCAGUCGAUCGCCAGUGCUUCAUCAGGGACUUUUGGCUCUUCAUCGAGCGCUAAAGCUUCGUCUAUUUUCUCAAGACCUGAAAAGCCAGCACCCCGUACUCGUGCUUCAACUGGCUCCGGAGAACAGGCAGAUCCUGUUAAGGUGGCUCGCAAUGAGGUUGAUCCCAAUCAUUUUGUCUUCGCUCAGCUCGGUCUACUCUACGUCUAUGGAGGGGGCUAUGAGUACGCUAAAGGCUGGGGCAUUGAUGUCUUGAAACAAGGACCAUGGUGGCGAAACGACCUGGUCGUAGUAGUCCGACUCGGUCAUAAAGGCAAUCAUGGAGCGGUCUACGUCCUUUACCACCCAAACAGCAGCAUCGAAGUUGAAGACCACUCUGAUGGAGAGGAACUUGCGCCCGAGGCCAAAGAUCAUGUUCCUGGACGGCUUCACCCGCGCUGCAAUGAGGGGUUUUUACUCGCCAAGAUUGCGGACAAUCUCAAAGAGUUGGGAAAGUUCAACAAGGAGUUUCGCUUUAUUCCCAUUACCAAAACCGCCAGCAAGAUCCAUUGCGCUCAACUCUUUGAGAACAAUGAACACGGGCUCACUAUUAGACCUGCUCCUGCUAUGGUGAAACAGGCUGCCUAG